UGGGGUCCCCAGAACCUGCUAGAGUGGGGACCCUGAGGGCAGCCCGCAGCCCCCCAACCCCAGAGGGAGUUCAGGCCCCCUCUCUGCACUUCCCGUGUGGCCUCCCGCUGUUCCCUCCCUGGGCUUCCUGCGUCCCCUCCCAGAGGUCCCCACCUCUGCCCCCGCCCCCGGGUGUCCCUCCCUCCCGGUCCUCUGUCCCCUCCCCGCCCAGUUUAAACCCGCGCUCAGCGGGUCGCAGAGCCACCAUGGACCCCGAGGCUACACGCGCACACGUCUGGCCCCUCGGUCCCCGCAGGCCACCGCCGGCCGUCCCCGACAGCCCUACCCUGUGGAGACCCUGGGUCCGGACAGCUCGAGAUGCUGAGGUGAGGAGAGCCACAGGCCAGCUGGAGCCCGGAGGUGACCAGCAACCUCCUGCAUGCAAGGGGGCCUUUGGAUUCCAACAUCCUGUGAGGCUGUACCUGCCCCUCUCCAAGCGCCAGGAGUGUCUGCAGAACUCAGGGGCCCAGGUGCUGGCCAGCUUUCCGGUCCAGGCCACCCUCCACUUCUACAACGACGCCUCUGACUCCGAGGAGGAGGAAGAAGAGGAGGACAAGCAGGAGGAAGCAGCCCAGGCCUGCCCAGCUCAGAGCCUCAGUGAGGCCAGGGGACCAGCAGAGGACAGGCAGGGCUGCUGAGCCAGCAGGCAGCUCUGCGGGGCGCCUUUCUGGGCACUAGGGGCCCUGGCCUUAUUCCUCCAGCGUCCAUUCCUGGGUGUCCCACCUCCAAGUGACAGUCAGCUGGCUCUCUGUCCCCUGCACCUGUGGUCUGGAGGGAUAGCCAUACCAGGAAGGACAGACACCCGAUGCUCUGCUGGGUGGCAGCCACUUUGAUGCCCUCUGCCCAGCACUGUACCCACAGCAUGAAGACUGGCCUGCCUCCAGCUGCCACCUGCUGAGUACUGGGAAAAACAAACAAACAAACAAAGGUAGCCAUUUGGAGAGGUACGAACAGCAGGUUUAAUGAAGUCCUGGAAGCGACAGAAGCAGCUUGAUUCUCAG